UUAUUUUUUAUUUUUUUUUAUUUUUUCUUUUGGCAACUAUUGUAACUCUUUAGAUUCUGUAACGUCUGAUAUACCUGUGAAUAAGUGGUUUAUUGUGCAAAAUUAAAAGGACCGGGGAAGACUUGAAUAGCUUUGUUUUGUAGAUGAAUCAAAGUAUAUAUAAGCAGCCAUUCCCUCCCCUGAUUCCAUCUUCUGUUAUGUAAAAUUUAUUUUUACACUAUACAUUACUGUUAUAGAUUUUAUUUUAAUUAUAUCAAAUUCAUUCCUUUCAUUUAUAUUAAUUUAAUAAGAGUAACUAAAUAAAUCAAUAAUGGGUAAAUUCGAUUGGGUGAAAGCCAGAACUAACACUGGUGGAUUAAGAGGUAAGAAAUUAAGAGUUUUUAUUACGGUCGUUUCCGUUACUGGGUUUUCUUUAUUCGGUUAUGAUCAAGGUUUAAUGUCAGGUCUUAUUACUGCAGAGCAGUUUAAUUAUGAAUUUCCAGCUACCAGAGAUAAUGGUACCAUUCAAGGUGCUGUUACUUCUUGUUAUGAAUUAGGUUGUUUCUUUGGAGCUCUUUUUGCAUUAAUUAAGGGUGAAAAAAUUGGUAGAAGACCAUUAAUAAUUGCUGGUUCCAUCAUUAUAAUAUUGGGUACUACCAUUUCUACUACACCAUUUAGAGGUCAUUGGGCAUUGGGUCAGUUUGUUGUCGGAAGAGUCAUAACAGGUAUUGGAAAUGGUUUGAAUACUGCCACUAUUCCAGUCUGGCAAUCGGAAAUGUCUAGAGCCGAGAAUAGAGGUUUAUUAGUCACAAUGGAAGGUGCCGUUGUUGCAGUAGGAACUUUAAUUGCUUAUUGGCUCGAUUUUGGUUUGUCUUACGUUAAUACUUCAGUUCAAUGGAGAUUCCCUGUUGCUUUCCAAAUUGUUUUUGCAUCAUUUUUGUUCUUCGGUAUCUUGAGAUUACCAGAAUCUCCUAGAUGGUUAAUUGCAAAUAAUAGGAAACCAGAAGCUUUAUAUAUCUUAAGUGCUUUGAAAGAUAUUCCAGAAAAUGACGAUGAAAUCGUAGCUGAAGCCACUGUCAUCACUGAUGCUGUUAAUAGAUUUACUAAAACUCAAGUUGGUUUCAGAGAUUUAUUUACUGGAGGCAAGACUCAACAUUUCCAAAGAAUGGUCAUUGGUUCUUCUACUCAAUUUUUCCAACAAUUCACUGGAUGUAAUGCUGCUAUUUACUAUUCUACUGUUUUAUUUGAAAACACUAUCGGUUUAGAGAGAAGAUUAUCUUUGAUUUUAGGAGGUGUUUUUGCAACUGUUUAUGCUUUAUCGACUAUUCCAUCAUUUUUCUUAAUUGAUACUCUAGGAAGAAGAAAUUUGUUCUUAAUUGGUGCUGUUGGUCAAGGUUGUUCAUUCUUGAUCACUUUUGCUUGUUUAAUUGAUAAUACUACUAAUAAUGCUAAAGGUGCGGCUGUCGGUUUAUUCUUAUUCAUUGUUUUCUUUGCCUUUACAAUCUUACCAUUACCAUGGAUUUAUCCACCAGAAAUUAAUCCAUUGAGAACCAGAACUGUUGCUUCUGCUGUUUCUACUUGUACCAACUGGAUCACCAAUUUUGCCGUUGUUAUGUUUACACCAGUUUUCAUUGAUAAUGCUAGAUGGGGUGCCUAUCUUUUCUUUGCUAUUAUGAACUUUUUGUUCGUUCCAGUUAUUUUCUUCUUCUAUCCAGAAACUGCUGGAAGAUCAUUAGAAGAAAUCGAUAUUAUCUUUGCUAAGGCUUACACUGAUAAGAGACAACCAUGGAGAGUUGCUGCUACCUUACCUAAAUUAUCAUUACAAGAUAUUGAAGAUGAAGGUAAGGCUCUUGGAUUAUAUGAUGAAGAUUUCGAUAAGGAAAACUUUGAAAUGAAGGAAGAUAUUUCUUCUUCAGGUGAAUCAAAAGAAGAAAUUAAACCUAAUGAUGCUCCACAAUCCGAAGGAUUAAUUAGCAGAAAAUCGAAAGAUGGGUCAAUUGUAUAAGCCAAUUAAUUAGUUUGGUUUUUCUACUUUAAUUUCUACAGUGUUGUUUAUUUAAUUUUAAUCUUUUUUUAAUACAUAGGCUAGAUAUGACUACAAAUA